UUCCGCAAACAAUUCAAUUUCCUCACAUUGCCGUUGGUAUUAGCAGUCGAAAUCACUUAGGUAUAAUAAGAACGGUCGAAAUGAUAAUUAAGAACUGUUAGCUUGCAGCAAUGUUGAGUGAUGAGACUUUUCAGAGACAAUUAUCUACCAUUGUCGAGGUAUUAGUUGCAGCGGCAGUUGCGGAGAUGGGAAGACUCCUCGAUGAGUGCUCUGCUGCUGUUAUGCCUCUAAAGUUGGUCCAGCAGAAUGAGGGAAGUAGUUUGCUGAAGAGUAGGCUUCAACGUGUGAACAAAACCAGUACAAGACAAUUUUCAUCAUUCAUGGAGAUGUUGGGUAAAACAUCAUUGGAAAAAAUGGCGACGUUAAUGAAGGUAAUCAUGGUCGAAAGGGAGAGGACUGCCACAGGCAUGAGUGCCCAGAGGCCUGUCAGUCGGGCAAGGGGGACAGAGGAAGGAGCACCGAGAGGAGACAGUCUUCAUUUCCACAACUACUGCACUGACCCUCUCUCUGAGAGAGCUAAUCAAGUGGAGGAUUACUUUUACCCCCAGACCUCACCUGCCUCUGCCUCAGAGACACAAGAUGACCAGAGAAACACGGAGCCAAACUCAGGCAGGAAUGGAGAAGAUGCCCAGUUUGGAAGGGAAGCUACUGGAGAUGUGGUAUUGCUCUCUGAAUUUGAUCAUCAAGAGGAAGUUCACCUUAAUCCCCAGCUCUCACCUGCAUCAGACCGAGAGAAACAAGACGGCCAGCCCUCAAACAUGGAGCCAAACCCAGGCAGGAUUGGAGAAGAUGUCCAGCAUGGUGAUUCUUCAAAUACAGCCCAAAGUUCAGAUACAAGCGCUGCCACCGGAGCAGUGAAGAUGCCAUUCAUUUGCGACGUUUGUGGAAAGGGUUUCGAUUGGAGAUGCACACUUAAAGCCCACCGUAAUCAUCACACCAAACCCUUUAGCUGCCCGCAGUGUGGGAAAGGUUUUGGUACGAAGACUGGGUGUAAUAAUCAUCUCUUAGCGGUGCAUUCUAAAGAGAAGCCCUUCAAAUGUACAGAUUGUGGGAAGAUGUUUGCUUUGAGAAAAGGUUUCGACAAACAUAGGGAUUUCAACCCAACUCUGCACACCUGCACAACAUGUGAAAAAUCAUUCUGUGGGGAACGUGCACUAAAACGGCACAACUUCAGUGAUCACCCGGAAAAGGCAUACAUCUGCUCUUUGUGUCCAAAAACCUUUCGGUCAUGGCCAACAUGGAAACGUCAUAAGGCAGAGCACUUGGAGAAGAACAAGUAUUGCUGUGAAACCUGUGGCAAGCUUUUCUGUUCAUCUUCAUCCUUAUCUUGUCAUCAGAGAACAAUUCAUAGAUGUCAUAAGGCAGACCACUCAGGGGAGAAGGGGGAGAAGUAUUGCUGUGACACCUGUGGCAAGCUUUUCUGUUCAUCUUCAUCCUUAGCCAGUCAUCAGAGAACAACUCAUAAAGCAAAGGCUUAUAGCUGUGAUGUAUGUGGCAAAGGUUUUAUGGGUAUAACCUAUUUCCAAAAACAUAUGACCUCCCAUAUUAGAAAAGGCCAUGUUAGUCUAGAAAAAGCUUUUGCCUGUAGUGUAUGUGAGAAAUGUUUCUUAUGUGCACGCACUCUCAGAGAUCAUAUGACCAUUCAUACCGGUGUAAAACAUUUUGGUUGUAGCAUAUGUCACAAACGUUUUCGUCUUUCAACCAGUCUCAAAGAUCAUAUGACUUUACAUACUGGAGAGAAACCUUUUGUGUGUGGUUUAUGCGGCAAGAGUUACUGUCGGGCAAGCCAGCUCAAAGCACAUGCGCUUGUCCAUACUGGAGAGAAACCUUUCACCUGUGAUGUAUGCGGCAAGCGUUUCCAUCUCCCACGCUCUUUUGAAAGACACAAAACCAUCCACACUGGACAAAAACCUGUCUGUAAUUCAUGUGGCAAAUGCUUCAGGGGUGCAAGUGCUCUCAAACGACAUAUGGCCAUCAUCCAUACCAGGCAAAGAGACCACCGGUACGUCUGUGACGUUUGUGGCAAACAUCUUCCUGAUGCAGCUAGGCUCAAAUGGCAUAUGUUCGUACAUACUGGUGAACAACCUUUUGCCUGUGAUCUAUGUGGCAAAAAGUUCAGUAACCCAGGCAAUCUCAAAAGACACAAGCUGUCUCACACAGGGCAGAAAUUGUAUGUUUGUACUACUUGUGGUAAAGGUUUCACCCGUUCAACAACCCGUAAGAUACAUCAGCGCAGUCACACUGGUGAAAAGCCUUACUUGUGUGAUAUCUGUGGGCAAGGCUUCACCUCACAUGCCUACGUUAAGAAACACAAGAUGAUUCACCUGCCACCUCAACUUCGUUCAAGACCGCAGAACACUGGGCCAAAGUCACAUGUCUGCAGCUACUGUGGUAAAGGCUUCUGUUACAGAUCUGUGUUGGAUCAGCACAUGCGCACUCACACAGGAGAAAAACCAUUCAACUGUCUCAUUUGUGGGAAAUGUUGCAUGUUUAAGGCUACUCUUGAAAUCCACAUGCGCAGUCACACAGGGGAGAGACCAUUCAAAUGUCGCAAUUGUGGGAAAGGGUUCAUAUCGAAGAAUACUCUUGUAAUACACAUGCGCACUCACACAGGAGAGAGACCAUAUGCUUGUGAUGAAUGUGGCAAGAGUUUCUCCCAGAGCAGUCAUUUAGUAUCUCACCAGCGUGUGCACACUGGUGUCAAAGCAUUUGUGUGCAAUAAAUGUGGGAAUGCCUAUGCCUGUAGCCGAAAUCUGAAAGUUCAUAAGUGCAAGUUCAACCAGAAAACAGUCCAUGGAAAGAAUGUACAGGAUCACUCUGAAGAAAACAUCUCACAUGAUCACUCUGCAUAAUAGGAUUGGCUUACUUCAUAGAUGUUCAGUUUCAUAUGAUGGAGGAAAGACUUUGGUAUACGUUUAAAACCUCUUAGAUGUUCUGAUAACGGUUCCGACCGACAUGAUCGCUUAUAAAUCGAUCUGUGGAUACUGUAGAUCAUAAUGGCUUGCAUUGAGCGAGAGCCCUGGUUACCACGGACGCAGUAGUAUUUUUUUCUGAGACUGUGACGUAGGAUGUGAAAUCUGAAACGACUUAAAGCUGGGAAGUCCCUCCUACCAUUUUCAUUUGCUCUUCUAACUGUCCAACUCCUGACUGAGCCCUACAUCGCAGCCACUGACACAUGCCUGCAAUUGUUACAUUGUAACGCAGCAGGAGAGAAUGUUUUUAUCACGGAAGCAGAGAUCAAUUUAUAGCCAUUAAUCUAAAAUAAUUCAUAGUUUUUAAACAAACACUUUCUGUCAUAGACAGACAAGAUUAAUAUGAGAUGAAAGGCGAGUUCUUAACGAGUUCAGGAAGACAAGCUAGAGCUCUGUGAGACGGUCACAGCGAUGGGGGCAGACGUUUUGAUCAAGAUACCUUUAGAAAAUAUGCACAUUUUCUGUAACUAAACAUACAAAUGUGUAUUUUAGUUAUAAGUAAGGUGAAAUCUUAUAGUUUUAUUUGAUUAUGCUAUAUUUAGAAAGUAUGCAAGUAAUUUCAGGACUUAUUCAUACAGUUUUGUUGAAUAGGAAAUGCAUAAAAUAUUUCAUUUAUACUGUGUACUUGAGCUUGUG